UGGCUUUCAGGAGGAUAUUGCUUUUAUGAUUAAGAUUAUCUAGAGCUUUCAUUCUGUAAUGGUGUCAGUUAUCCUGAGUCCCUCCCUCUGAGUAUUUAAGGAUCUCCUCUAUCCACGAGUGAAGUCUUCUGAGUCGUUUCAGAGAGUCACCGAAACCAAUAAAUCUAAGUGCUUCACUAACAACCGAAGCUAACCGUUUUAAUUUUAAUCCUUGCAGUAUGAUGGACAAUGUACGUCACGCACCAGUUUCUUCAUGGGAUGACGUUUAACGUGCGCGUCUCCAUCCGGACUGAGAAACUUUAUCGUGUCGGACUGUAAAGAAUAACGACAAUUUCAGUUGUUAUUAAAGGACUCGGACAUGAAAUCACUUCUGCUGAUCUGCGUGUUUCUUUUGCCGCUCCAGACACUGGCGCUGCCGGCGCGCAACAGACUGAGUGUUCCUAGAACACCAUGGAAGCUUCUAGAAACAGAGGGCGGCGUUGCCAUGGAAACCAUCACCAUCCCCUCAAAAGCUUCGAGUGCCGGGGCAAAAGAGCAUGGUGCGGUCUGGAGGGCCCUCCUGCAUAAAGGACACCCGUCGAGACAGACCGGCACACAGUCCAAUCAGAACAGCACCCCCCAGGGUCACUCCCGGGAACGCCGGCACGUCCGGGGUCAGCUGAUGCGUGUGGGAUGCGUGCUGGGUACCUGCCAGGUGCAGAAUCUCAGCCACCGGCUCUACCAGCUCAUGGGUCAAAGCGGACGCCAGGACAGCUCGCCCAUCAAUCCCAGAAGUCCUCAUAGUUACGGAUAAAACUGAUGAAGCACAUGAGAAUAAGGAAAAUCGUGUGACAAAAGACGCCAAGAAACCUUACGGACUGUCCUUACCUACAAUUCACGUUCUGGAGAACGCCCGAGCUGUCGCUGAGCUGUCUUACCUACUUUUAAUACUUGAUACCCUUGGAAGCUUCAUUAUCUGUAUGUGUUAUCAGACUGUUUGGGAGGAUUGUUCUCUCGGUCGCUCUGAUAAUCUGAGACGCAUCGCCCUCGACUGAGCCAGCUAAAGCCGUUCAGAGCUUCGACAUGCACUUGAGAGUAAACAUCCGUAUUUGGACAUUUAAGCCGUAUGAAUGUUAUUGCAUGAGAUACCAAACUAGCACACCUUCGAGCAAACAUUUCAAGAAAUCUAAACGUGUUUUGGACUUUCUGGUUGUGAAAUGGUAGAGAAACUUGUCUAUAAUUCGUGUGAUGAAUCACCUGAGGUUAUUCUGCUAGGAGACUACCUACUUGGUUAUGUGUCAUCAAAUGCCAUGAAAUUAAAGGGAUAGUUCACCCAAAAAUAAAAUGUAUUUUUUAUUCACCCUCAUGUAACCCAAUCUGUUUGACUUUCAUUCUUCUGCAGAACACAAAAGAAGAUAUUUUGAAGAAUGUUGUAUGUAACCGAAUGUAACCGAACAACACUGGACUCCAUUGACUUCCAUUGUAUGGACACAAAACCACCCAGACAUUUCUCGAAAUAUCUUCUUUCGUUUCACGGAAGACAGAGUCAUAUACAGACAACAUGAGGGUGAAUAAAUGAUGACAGAAUUUUUUUGUCCCUCCUCAUCUGCCAUGGUCGAGGUAAACAAGCAGUCCCAUCUCAGACUCACUACAAGCAGAGCAAUGCGUCGCAGACUUGUGUUUACAAUCUUCUGCGAAAUAAACCCACAACUGGUUUACUUUUAGCUGUCUCUGAUCUUUAACUAGUUGAGGCAAAAGUAUUUCAAGAUCCAAAGCGUCCAAAUACUUUUUUUAAGGGUCAUCAUUUUUUAGGAUUAUACUCAGUAUUCACCUUUAAACUUUUAAAAUGUCUUAUGUUCAUCCAUAAAGCACAAACGAGCCAACAGUCUUGCAAAAUAAAAAUAAUGGAAAAUAAACCCAAAAACACACACACACCCACCCUCUAGUUUCUCUUAGGGGUGUCAUGGAGGAAUGUCUGUAUGUCCUCCUGCUUACAUCAACUACACAGGUCAAAUGUUACCAUAAACAUAAAGCACUUUAAAUGAGAAAGAACUGAUCGCCCUCUUAAAUGGCUUUGACUUGAAUGGAAAGAGUUGUUAUUUAAUUCUAAGUUAACAAAGGCAUUUGAGGUGUAAAUAUUUUUUACAAGUGUAAAAUGAUUGCAUAUUUCUAGCUAUUUGUCUCCGUUGUGUAUGUUAAUAUCAUUUAGCUAUGUCAAUAAACGAAACAUUGAAACAAGAAAUGACAAUAUUUUCACGGUUAAUAUCAUUUGAGCAGCACAAACAGAC